AUGGAGUUCUGGGGCCUUGAGGUUAAGCCUAACCAGUCCGUCAAGGUUUCACCUGAUGAUGACCACUUCCUCCAUCUCUCCCAGGGUGCCCUUGGCGAAGUCAAGAAGGAUGACAAGGCAACCAUGUUCGUCAAGAUCGGCGACCAGAAGCUAGCCAUCGGGACCCUCUCUACCGACAAGUUCCCUCAGAUCCAGUUUGACCUCGUCUUCGAGAAGGAGUUUGAGCUGUCACACAAUUCCAAGACAUCCAGCGUCUUCUUCUCUGGCUACAAGGUUUUCCAGCCUGCCGAGGGAGAUGAGAUGGAUUUUGAUUCUGAGGAUGACUCUGAGGAGGAGGAAGAGAAGAUCAUUCCAGCACUCACCAAGGAAAAUGGCAAACCUGAAGCCAAGGAGCAGAAGAAGCAGGUUAAGAUUGACACUGCUGCGCCUUCAAAGUCAAAGGCCGCUGCCAAGGAUGUGGGAAAAUCUAAGAAGGAUGAUGACAGCGAUGAUGAUGAUGACAGUGAUGAGGAUGACAGCGAAGAUGACUCUGGUGAUGAUGGAGCAUUGAUUCCCAUGGAGGAUGAUUCUGAUGACAGUGAGGAUGGCGAUGACUCCUCUGAUGAUAGCGAGGAUAGCUCUGAUGAGGAGGAAGAAGAAACACCCAAGGUAAAGCAAGAGACUGGGAAGAAGAGGGUGGCUGGAAGCGUGUUGAAGACCCCUGUUACUGACAAGAAGGCCAAGAUUGCAACACCGUCAGGCCAGAAGACAGGUGACAAGAAGGGAGCUGUCCAUGUGGCGACUCCGCACCCGGCCAAGAAGGCAGGCAAGACCCCAGCAACCAGUGAGAAGUCGCCCAAGUCUGGAGGGUCGGUCGCGUGCAAGUCGUGCAGCAAGACAUUCAACAGUGAGGGCGCUCUAGCUUCGCACUCCAAGGCCAAGCAUGAGGCCAAGUAG